GACGUAGCACAGUUCACUGAAAAGCACGCCGGCGCAGUCAGAAUUUUUCCUCCUCCUGCCCAGAAAAACUAUGUUCAGAUCCGGGACAAUCACUCGCUCUGGUGGAAUCUUUUCAGCCAUUGCUAAGCAGUCCAAGUUGAUCAACAUAAAGCCAGUGAAUCGAAUUACCUUCACGUUCGAUCCAUUCAACAAAAGAUCAACUGAAGUCAGGAAAUUUCUCUUCCAAUACUCCAGCGCUCGAGUGAAGGCAACCAACGUGAACUGCAAGUACCGAACUAAUAUCGUGUGUGAUGGUUCACCUCCGGAAGUGGUCUUUGAACUAACCAAACCAUCGGGAGAGAAGGAGAACCUGCGAGUCCUCUGCGAGAACCUCACGUUACUUGAGCUUCUGCAAUUGACAAAUAAGCACAUUGCGCAGUAUAUUGUAAAGCCGGAGGAGACAUCAAAAUUGCCAGUGACCAAAGCAUCCAAGGGCGCGAAGUUGCAACAGAGACGAUGA